AUGAUAUAUACAAAACAAGAGUGGUACACGCCCGCCGAAGUUGCCGUCCACAAUAAAGCUACUGAUUGCUGGGUAUCCCUCAACGGCAAAGUCCUGGAUUUGACUUCAUGGCUGGAACAGCAGUUCAGGCUGUGCAAAUGUAGGAAAAACUGCUCCUGCCCUGUCAAAAAUUGGUACUGCAGUGAGGAAUGUAUCGAAUAUUGCCCCUGUUUCAAAAGGGGAUUCUUUUAUUGCGAUGCGAAAAGGCUGGCAAUGACAAUCCUCGCGUUCGCUGGCAAAGACAUCAGCCACUGGUUCAAAUCCGACGAGUGGGUUCGCUACAUCCACCCAAUCGUUGGCUCCCACACCCCAUACAUGAGGCACGGGCCAGGACAGCGUCAACCCGUGGUGCCUUCCACAAGAUGGCGCCCUAUCGAAUCUCCGUGGUGGCUGAAUGAGAAUUUUUUGGUUGGGAAAGUUACCGCCAAAACGAGGCCAAUCAGGAUUGUAAAUACUUUGACAGGUUCAACAGUAACCCUAGAAGUGUGCUCCGAGGAGACGAUCUACCAGAUUAUGAUGCGUUACCUGCCCCACAACAGCCACAUGCACUCCUACACCUGGCGGUACCUGGGCAAAGGGCUCUGCUACAACAAGACCUUGGCUGACAACGGGAUAGCUGAUGAAAGGGAGAGGUUCAAUGAUGUGGCGAUAGCUGAGAAUAACCAUAUACCGGCUCUGCUCAUUUAUUAUAAUGACGAUUUGACUGAAGAUCCAUCGCGAGAUGACUGUUUCUGCCACGACUUCAUGUGUAUGAUACACAAAGACCAAAAAUGUCGCUGAAAUAAAUUCUACCUGUUUUCGACAGUUAUACUGUAAACUAUUUAGAUUAUUUUAUUUAUUUUUUUGGUAAAUAAAGAAAACUGUUAC